AUGCUGAAAAAAUAUCAGCACACCCUAGCCUUGGUGUAUGCGGUGAAUGAAAUCAAUGGAAACAGCAUGAUCUUACCCAAUAGGACUCUGGGAUUUCAUAUCUAUGAUAGCCACUUUGAUGCCCAGCUAACUUACCAGAACACACUGAACCUACUUUUUAAUCAGAAGCCAACUAUUCUGAACUACAAGUGCAGCAAGAAGAUACCAGCAGCUGUCAUUGGGGGUACUGACUCAGAAACCUCUGUUCACAUAGCUACUAUCUUAGGGAUUUACAAGAUUCCUCAGGUCUCCUAUUGUGUAUAUUCUCCACCAGUGAAUGAUAUAAGCCAUCCAUCUUUCUUAUACCGUAUGGUACCUAAUGAAGCACAUCAGUACACAGGAAUAGUCAACCUAUUGCUGCAUUUUCAGUGGAAGUGGAUUGGGAUCAUGGCUAUGGAUGAUGAUAAAGGAGAAAUAUUUGUGCAGACCUUGGAGAAAAGCUUUUCUGACAAUGGAAUCUGCACCGCCUUCUCUAAACGAAUGCCCCUCCAAAGCAAUAUUUUAGACAUGGUUGUUAAUUUCAGUGAUAUGUUUAGGGAAAUGGCCCUGUUGCUGAGUAAAGCAAAUGUCAAUGUCUGUGUUAUCAGUGCUGAUGCUCACAUGAUGUUAGAUUUACAGAUGGUGCUCAGUUCUGCUGAAUCAGAUAUGAUGCUGCCUGUGCAGAACCUUUACCAUUUCCUAAGUCAAGUCUCCUUUAACAGCUGUGCCGGAGACCUGGUAUCUUUUGACAAGAAGGGUGAAUUGCUAGCUGGAUUUGACAUUAUCAACUGGGUAACUUUCCCUAACAAAUCCUUCAUGAAAGUAAAAGUGGGACAAAUGGAUCCUGAAGCACUAUCAGACAGAAGGUUCUCCAUAAAUGAAAGAAAAAUCACAUGGCCAGCCCAUUUUAACCAGACCAUACCUCUUGCUCUGUGCAAUGAUCAUUGCCCACCAGGCUCCAGAAAGAAAAUGAAGGAAAGUGAGCCUUUUUGUUGCUAUGAUUGUAAUAUUUGUCCAUCAAGAAAAUUUUCAAAUGAAAGAGAUAUGGAUGACUGCUUAGACUGUCCAGAAGAACAGUAUCCAAACAAGGAAAAAAACUUGUGCCUUCCAAAGGAUCUACACUUCUUGUCUUACAAUGAAACUUUGGGCAUCACUUUGGCUGUUCUGGCUUUGUCAUUUUCUGUGACCACAGUGGUGGUACUUGGAAUUUUCAUAAAACAUCGGAAUACUCCCAUUGUCAAAGCUAACAACCGGAAUCUCACUUAUCUUCUCCUUGUCUCCCUCUUCCUCUGCUUCCUCUGUUCCUUGCUAUUCAUUGGUCAGCCCCAAUUGCUGACCUGCCUUCUUCGUCAAAUUGCUUUUGGGAUCAUCUUCUCAGUUGCUGUCUCUUCAGUUUUGGCCAAAACCCUCACAGUGGUUCUAGCUUUUAUGGCUACUAAGCCAGGAUCAAAAAUGAGAAAAUGGAUGGGGAAAAGAUUUUCAAAUUCUCUGAUUCUCUGUUGUUCCUGCAUUCAAGCAAGUAUUUGCAUAUUGUGGCUGUGCACUGGCCCUCCGUUCCCAAAUUUGGACAUGCAUUCUCUUCCAGAAGAGAUUGUAGUUGAAUGCAAUGAAGGAUCAGGCAACAUGUUCUAUUAUAUUUUAGGAUAUAUGGGAUUUCUUGCUCUCAUCAGCUAUAUUGUGGCUUUCUUUGCUCGAAAACUUCCAGACUCUUUUAAUGAAGCCAAAUUUAUUGCUUUUAGCAUGCUGGUGUUUUGUAGUGUAUGGGUGACUUUUGUGCCAACUUAUCUGAGCACGAAAGGAAAAUACAUGGUAGCUGUGGAGAUCUUCUCCAUCUUGGCUUCCAGUAUAGGAAUAUUGGGAUCUAUCUUUUUCCCUAAAUGCUACAUAAUCCUACUGAGACCAGAACUCAACACAAAGGAGCACCUAAAAAUGAAAAAUUAA